UUCACUUUUGGUUGUCUUAUUGCCAAUAUGUGUACUCAUGUCAACUGAAGACAAAACAGUUUCAUUAUCUUUUCAAUCAGUUGUUGCGAUUAUCGACAAUUUGACCUCAGCUUUGGGCAGCAAAAUAGGAAAUUGCGGCAAUAUUUUGGAGCUACAAGUACUCACACAAAUACAUCACGUCGCCUGAAUACCCUCCACUCCCAGUAUCCAUACUUAAACAGACUCCCAUUUACAACCAGAUUUAAGCCUAUAAUUUGGUACAAACGACACAACACUUGGACAAAACAAUUAUUUCAAGCAUUGAUUAGAAUUAUGUCGAAAUCAAAGGAAAUGUCAAUUGAAAACGAAAAGAGCAAUAUGUUGGGCGCCAACACCAAGCAAUCGGCCCAACACUUCAAGUCGGGUCUCACGAAAGACAACGACAAGAAGGAUAAGGACAGCAAUAAAGGCAAUCCUUGGGGACCUCUAUUCAAAAACAGAGAUCAUUUCAAUUCUUUGCAUAACUUCUAAGUGAUACUUUGUAUCUCUAUAUUGAAUGUACAACUAAACCAACAUUUAAUCCCAAACUAGUUUUUUGUAUCUCUUUUAUUAAUAGAUCUUUUAAUGUUAUAAAUAAUUGCUUUUAAUAUAUAAAACUUUGAGUUAUAAUGUAUUUUCGGAUAAUUAUUUAAAGUAGUAUCCAAUAUAUGAUUAUUAGUUGCAUUCGGUUAUCAAACAAAUGAUUGAAUAAAAAAAAGAUUAUAUUAAAA